AUGGAGCUCUACGACGAGGAAAUCUACGACAGGGCCAGUGUAAACAUUAGCGUAAUUCUUAAUGACGACAUAAAAGAGGAGAUAACAGAAAAUUUAAAGCAAAAUAUGAAGGAAAGGAAUGUGAAAAUAAGCAGCUACGAUUAUGGCAGUAUUCACAAAAUAAAUUCUUGGGCGAGUGAGGCGGCAGAUGGGGGUGAGGGGGAAGGUGGACAUGCCAUGCUGAUGCACGCCUGGCUGAAGAAGAUGAAGGUGGCUUCGUCUGUUGUCAUAUUCUGCGUCGAUUGGCAGGGGAUUGUUAAUGAGGGGGCGGAAGACAGGGGCUCAAGUGGGGAGAGUCCCACCGUGGAGGGGUCAACCCGGGAAUGUCCAACUGGGGAAAGUCUUCCCCUGGAGAGCCCCAGCCAGGUCGACCCCUUCCAACCGGGUGAAUCGCAUCUCACCCACGCUUGCGUGCAGAACGCAUCCUUCAUGAGCCAAGUGAACAAAGACCUGAUGGACCAAAUAGAAGAAAUAAACGCAAUAAUCAUGAGGAGGAAAAAAAUUUGCAAAAUUGUUGUGCUGGUCAUUUUGCCAGAAAACACACAAAAUACAGAACCCUACAUCAAAUAUAUUAGCCUGUUAAAUUCUAAAAACAUCAGCGCGAUAUUUAUCACAUUAGGACUAAAGGAGAUACAUAACAAAAUCAAAAAGUUAGAAAAUCUUCUGAGGGAUUGUAUUAAUGCCUUUUUUAAGCAACACAUAAUCAGUUUUGAGAGGAAAAGUGGACAAAACAUCCUCACUUUUUUUAAUUAUAAUUUUAAGAAGGCAUACGUUUUGGAGAUCCUAGAAAGGUAUGAUGAAAGUAUGAAGAUUUACGUUAAUCUAUGUAAGGUGUUCUAUGAACAUGCAGGUGAAAAUACAUUUUCUGACAAACACACCUUUUUCAAGUAUGUUAUUUUUUUCAACUCAGUCAGUAUUCGGAUGAUAUACAUUUAUUUAUUUUUUAAAGAUUUUAACAAGGCCAUUCAUCAUAUUUAUACUCAUAAUAAAAUUAUUUACUUGGCAUUGAUGCGGAGGGAGGAGGAAGGAGGAGGAGAAGAAGAAGCAGAAGAAGACCGUGUUGGGGAUAUAGCCAGCGGUGGGGGGACACUCUCCCAGGUCAUUUCCAUGUAUGGCAUAACUGGUUGCUCUGAUUUGAUUACCUCUUUGCACUGUUGGGAUAACUUCAAACAAGACACACCUAAUGGAGAGGAAAACUACUCCGCGAAGGAGAGUGCCCACCUCCUGUACGACCUCACGAUGAAAGAGUACCUAUAUUACAACCUGCUGUCUUGCGUCUACCUCUAUUUUUACAGAAUUGUAAAAAACAUGAACAUAAACCGACAGGACACAGUGUUGUAUGGGAUGUACUGCUGCUUCUGCAUAUAUUACAUGUUGAAAGCGCGCAGGAAGAGGGACAAAAUAGUGGAGGUCUUUUCUGCUGUCAUCGAAUUUGACACUUAUUUUAAGAUAUGCCCUGUUGCAGUUUUACAGGACUUUGUCCAAAACUUUUUAAUUGAAUUAUAUAUCAUCAUUAGCGCCAAGAAGAUUAGCAAUUUGUUCAGACUCGUCAUUUAUUUUUUGUGUAUGAUUUAUUACGAACGGGGGAACUACCGCUUUUGUCUGUACUUGUUGCUGUCGUUUUAUGGCAGUGGGAAGGACUCCUUCGUUUUGAGUGCAGUCGGCGCGGGUGCCUUGAGGCAGGGGAUCUGUCCCUUGGGUGACUUGCUCUCUCUGUUGGAGGAGAUAUCGGCGAAGCGGAGCUACGAGCGCACUCGCAACUCACAUACGCACGAACCCAUGCUGCUUCUCACGCUGAGCUGCAUGGGCCGCUUGCUGUACCCGGAUAAAUGGGGAAGCGCCACAGACGAAUCUCCCUCGAAAGAAGAACCGCUUAACAUCAAGGAGUACCAACACAUGUUCAUCCAAAUAUGCUUCGAGUAUUUAAACGACCUAAUAAGGAACAACAAAAAAAGACAAGAGAAAAAUUUUAGUGACUUUUUCUCCAAAUAUUGUGAAAGCAUAAAAGGAGAAGAGGUUCCCUCCCCCGAGGAACUACCCACUAUAUGGAUACGAACCAUCUACAUAAAGUUAUAUUGUUUGAUUAAACCCAAUGGGAUUGCCUCAUUCUUAGAAAUAAAAAACGGGACCCACGUGGAUUUCCCCUUUUCACCUUUUAUCGGAAUUUCUAUGAAUAACCACUUGUCCUUCUACAAGUUAACCUUUUCCAAUAAGUCUGAUGGAGUCAUUUUUGCUACAGCGGAGGUUGUGAACGAGGUUGGGGUGAAUGGCAAAAGUGUGCUCGACUGCAUAGCAAGGGAGAGUGCGCUCAAUGAGCAGCGUGACUGCAGGAAUGAUUCACUUAAGAGUGCCUCUUGGAAGGGGUACUCUCUGGGGGAAAAAAACAUAGUGAGUUUUUUCUUAUCUGGGGGAAGGAGGAACCAAAUAGAAGUUAAUUACGUUGAUCUCUAUUUGACCAUUCAUUGCAACAUUUUUCGGAUGCGAAUUCAUCAAGUUAGUGUAUCCAUUCUGAGGGAGAAUUUCCUCGAGAGCAUUCCUCUGGGGAGCGAACCCUCCAAGGUAGGUAGUGAACACGAACAAAGAUCUCAACGCAAAGAAACCCUAAAUCAUGGUACGAUUGAUGCCCCGUCGGGAGAAGUUACCCACGAGGUAAUUACAACACCACACCCGAAGGAACCAAAAAAAGAGGAAAUAAAAAUAUUCCAAAUGAGAGUAAUCAAAGAAGGAAGGGAAGAAUUAAAUUUUUUCAAAUUGAAGGAAGGAGUGUACCUAAAUGAUUACAUGAACAAAAUUGUACCAAACGGAAGGAGUCAAUUUCUUCACAAGGCUCUAACAAAGUAUGUCCAUUAUUUUGUACACUGUCAGAACGAUGUUCUUUACCUAAACGAAUACAACCCCUUGUACAUUUUUGUGAGGUACUCUAAAUAUGUAAAGACUUAUGAGUUUUGUUUUUCUUAUGACUGUGAGGGAGAGGAUGAUUUGUUUGUUUAUUUGUUGACGAGGAAGGGCAGUGUUGUGGGGGUCCACCGGGUCCGCAGAGAUGAGAGGGUUGCGUUUUUUGGGGGGGGCGAGGAAGUCUGCAGGUUGAUGCAGGGGGAUAGCAGUGGUGGGAGCAGCGGCGAUAGUAGUGAUGGGAGCAGCGGCGAUAGUAGUGAUGGGAGCAGCGGGGCUAGUAGUGAUGGAAGAAGCAGCGAUUGUAAUGAUGCCAGCAGCGGCCAUUGUAGUGAUGGCAGAAGCGGUCAGGACGGACUUGUCCAAGAGAAGCCCGCAGAUGCUAGUCUCACAUGCUCUGGGGAUACGACGCGGCUAUUCAUCAACCAAGAGGAAGUGAAAGAGUUGGUCAUGGACGAGGCCCUUCAGGAGUUGUUAUCGCACCGUGCCAGUGGAAAAGUAGACUCGAAGUUAAGCCACCCAGAUAAAGAUAUAUUAUUUUUUCAAGUCCAACAGCAAGGAAACGCUGUUGAUGCUAAGCGAAGCGCGGCGAAACUGUACGGCAGAAGCAACUUCUGCAACCAGUGCUGCAUGUCAUAUGGCAUGAAAAGGGGAAGAAGAAACGGCGGUCCACGCGGAGUAAAUCGGCGAACGAACUGUCGAACGAACUGCCAAACCAAUAGUCGAACAAAUCAAGCAAGAAACGAUUUCCCCUUUUACGCAAGCGGUGCGGAGAAGCUCAUGUGCGUCCCACUUCUUGUAUGUCCAACUCGGGGGAGCAAACAGAUGAAUGUCAAUUUUGACUUUUCCUUUAGAAGCGUCGGCUUCGAGGACCAGAUGAAGUACCCAGGGAGGUAUUCCGUGGAGCCGUCUAUCAUAACGAUGGUGACGCGGGUUUCCCGUGGAGGGGGCGCCAUUGAAGAGGAGAAAGAAGAGGAAGAAGAAGACAUUGGUCUAAAAAGGAAUACUAUGAAUGGGGGUGUCAUCAAUAGCGGAGCCACGGAGGAGGUUUCCGCUCCUGCGUCCACACCCAACGACUGCCAAGAUGACGUGCAACUUUUAAGCCAUCGUAAGAAGGAAAAGACAAGCAGCGGGUGGAGAAACCACGCAGUGCAGUAUUACCUAUACAUACACAACAACAACGCGCAUGGAAUUAUCGUUCACGAAAUAAGGGGAGGGAUAUUGAAAGGUACCGUAGAGGUAACUCACAAGAGUACUUACUGCAACUUCGUAAAAGAAAACAAUCCAGAAGGGGGUGGCAUUAUCAUAAAGUACCACUUUAACGUUAGGAAGCUCUUUUUCCCUUUUAACAAAAUGUGGAGAAAUAUCAUCUGUACACUUGUGGUAAAGGUGCCACCUGCCGAUCGGAUGGACGGCAGGAUAAGCAACAGGGAAGGGAACUACUACUCCCCAGUCAACGACGCGAAGAGAAGCAAAAUAAGGAUAGACCUCCUAUAUGAAAGAACGGCAAAAUGUAACGAAAUUUUUGUCGUCGAAUCGGUGAUUACUAAUGAAACGAAUAUCACCGAGGAAGUUAUAAUUUUUUUGUACGACCGGAAGAGGAGUGGGCGUCGUCGAGGGAAGAAAAGAAAGGAAGAAGAUGUUGUCAUGAAAAGCGCUUGGGAUGAACCCAGCAGCGUACAGAGUAGCAGAAAAGUGCACGAAUUCAAAUUCAAAACUGAACAGGAAUACUAUAAUAAUAACAAUACAUCCGAGAGUAGCUCCGAUUCUUCUGUACUCUCAUCGGACGACUUGGAACAUUUAAUUGAUCAGGAUAACUACAUGUCCGAUGGCACAAAUGACGGUUUUAACAAGAAGACGUAUAUUAUAACAGGGGGUAGGAUAAUGAAGAAUAUUUUGCUCCCCUACCAAUCCAUUAGGCUCAGGUGGUCCUUCAUUGUUUUCACGCACGGAUUUGUCACUUUGCCCAGCGUGCUAAUCAAGCGCAAGACCAAGAUGAAGAACAACGUCAAUGUUUUCGCAUCGGCCAGUGUUGAGUUGUUCGUGGUGUAG